CCAACUGAGCCCAAAAUACAGACCAAGUCACCCAAGCCCAUUACUUGAUGAAGUAUCGAAGACGAUGCUGCAUCCCCUUAAACCCUUGAGAACCAAAACCUCGUGUGCAUGUUUUUCUCAGUUUUCAUGAUUGGAGAAAGUUCGUAUUCUUUUAGCAGAAAUGGCUUUGAGAAGUUUGCAAACGCUUCGUGCUGUAUAUAGGACGGUUGGGAUUAGAGAAUCUUCUUAUUUGCUUAUAAGAUCAAGAAGCUGUUCCAAUGCUAUCUUUCGCGCUCCUGAACUUAUUCCGCGGAGCAUUUCUUCUCCCUUUCAUAUGGCCCACAAUGCUUUCCCGUUCACUCGUGGAAACACAAUGAUUCUUCGUUCUACAAUGGCUGCUGAAUUUUUGACAGUCUCCAACAACAUGAGGUUGUUAUCAACACAAACAAAAGCCCCUCCACAAGCACGACAGAUGGGAGCUCUUAAAGUAUCAAUGCUAAGUCCUGGAAUCAUUUAUGAACCUUAUGCACCUCGUGAACCAAUAUCAUUUUGGAAGAGAUGGUUCACAAGAACUGGCUGGAAAAGAACAAAAGAGGACAUUAUUCUAGAGCUUAAAAGUGCCUAUGCCAUUUCCAAAUUAAGGAAAUCUGGAUACUCAAAGCAGAAGUUUUAUACUGAGGCUGUAAGUUUGUACAAGGAGAUAAACACUCUAAUGGCAAAUGGUGACAAAACAUCAUUAAGGAAAGCAGUUACGGAGAAAAUGUACUCUGCACUCAAGAAUGAAAUCAAGCAAAGAGAAUCCAUGUGGAGUAAGGUCUAUUGGGAAAUGGUUGAACCAGUCAUUAAGAUACGAACUUUGCGAGCUCGUCUGAUUGGCGUUGAUCGAAAUGACGUCAACAAGGUUUUCAUUCAACUUACACUUGAGUUUCUUACAAAGCAGAAGUUUGAAGCCUAUGAUUCAGGAGGUGCUGUCGUAGCUGGAGAUAAAUCAAAGGAGGUCCUUGUCCGUGAUAUCUGGAUAUUUGAGAAAUCUCUCUUUCAUUCUGGAGCUUAUUGGCGUCUCUGUGGGCGGAUUUCACAGAAAUCUCCUUGAUUGAAGUCUGAGAUCGACCAUGCUGAUGAGGAUGCUUAACUGAUGCUACUCAAUUUUGUUCUCUGAACUUAAUAAAAAUCUAUGGGGUCUAUUAAACAGAUGGAUUUCCCUGCUUGAUGAAUUCAUUUUAUCAGAUAAACUCAGCAAGGAAUAAAUGAAAUGAGGACACAGUCCACAUCUGUCCUUCGCCACA